UAAAACCAUCUUCCACAACCCCAGAUGAUCUCCGAACUCUCCAACUCUCUAUCUAUGAUCACUUCCUCCCUCCCAUUUACACAGUCGCCUAUCUCUUCUACACCAAAGAUGAGUUGAUGAUCUCACCAGAACACACUUCCCACAAACUCAAAACUUCUCUGUCCGAAACCUUGACCAAAUUCUACCCCCUUGCCGGAAGAAUCAACGGAGUCACUGUCGACUGUAACGACGAAGGAGCUGUUUUCGUCGACGCUCGUGUCGAUAACUGUUCCCUCUCUGGUUUUCUCGCAUCUCCAGAUCUCAAUGCCCUCCAACAGUUGCUUCCUCUAGACGCCGUCCAGAACCCAUACGAGGCUGCUUCCACAUGGCCUCUGUUGCUCGUGAAGGCGACUUACUUCCAAUGCGGAGGCAUGGCCAUCGGAGUCUGCAUCACUCACAAAAUCGCCGACGCAGCCUCCAUGUCGACUUUCAUUCGGACUUGGUCUGCUGAGGCUCGAGGAGAGGCCGGGAACACGGUGAUGGAUCCUAAGUUUUCCGCAGCGAAUUUUUACCCACCAGCCAAUGAUACCUAUAAGCUUCCGGUGGACGAAAAAGCCAACAAGAGAAGCAGCAUCACGAAGAGAUUCGUCUUCGGUGCAUCUAAGUUGGAAGAGCUCAGGACCAAAGCCACUAGUCCAGAAUCCGCAGACAUACCUACGCGCGUAGAGAGCGUCACUGCCCUUCUCUGGAAGUGCUUCGUCUUUGCUUCAUCCUUAGACACUUGUGGUCGCAAAGUUCUGAUCCAGCUCGCUGACUUGCGCUCCAAGCUACCGUCCCUUCUCCCAGAAAGCCUGAUCGGGAACGUCAUGUUCUCCUCUGUGGUAUUAAGUACUGCUCAAGGGGAGGAAGUGAAAAUUGAAGAGGCCACUAGAGACUUACGAAAGAAGAGGGAGGACUUGCAAACUAUGAUCCAAGACGAGGAUGGUUCAUCUUCGAUGAUCGGUUCUAAACUGGCGAAUCUUAUGCUCACUAAUUAUGCCCGGAUGAGCUACGAGACACACGAGCCCUACACAGUGAGUAGCUGGUGCAGAUUACCACUUUACGAGGCUAGCUUUGGAUGGGGAUACCCUGUUUGGGUUGUUGGAAAUGUGGCUCCCACGUUUGAAAACAUUGCCAUGCUGAUCGAUUCCAAGGACGGACAUGGGAUUGAAGCUUUUGUCACGCUGCCUGAAGAGAACAUGUCCUCGCUCGAGCAAAACUCGGAACUUCUCGCCUUUGCUUCCUUGAAUCCUUGUGUCUUGGUCUAAACUCUAAAUUAUGUACUCAAAUCAAAUCUGCUGUUUCGUUAAUAAAGAUUUGAAACGAGAACAAUGUAAACCUGUUGGAAUAUCGUUUACGCUUUCAUUUUA